GCGGCUGCUCCACUUUGAGCCACUCAAGUCUCAAUUCUCAAAAUAACUUAAUUGGUUCCCUCUUUCUUCUCUAAUUCAUUCAUAGGAAAACAUUUCAGCCCAACUCUCGAGUAGUAGAGGUAACUUAAGUACAAUGGGUUCCACAGCGUAUACUGGUGUAUAUAGUAGCCUUUUAUGCAAAACUAGAGCUUCUUCUUUGAUGGGUGUUUCUUCUAUUCCGUUGAUGGAACCAAGAAUUAGACCAGAAAUAACUAACUCCCAGAGACAUCUCAGAGUAGGAAUUUCCCCUUCCCUGAGGAAUGUAUCCUACAACAUGGGCUUGAAGAAAGUUCCACUUAUAAUCACCAGAGCCAGCUCAAAACCGAGUGACAGUAACGAUGAAGCUCUUGGCCAGAAUAAGACACCAUUUGGCUAUACGAGAAAGGAUGUUAUAUUGAUUGGCGUUGGAGUUACCCUUCUAGGGUAUGGCUUAAAGAGUGGAUUAGAGUUCUUGGGAUUUGACCCUUUACAAGCUGGAAAUGUAGUUCAAUUAGUCCUCGUUUUGGGUCUAACAGUUGGAUGGAUAUCAACAUACAUCUUCCGGGUUUCAAACAAGGAAAUGACAUAUGCUCAACAGUUACGAGACUAUGAAAGCAAAGUCAUGGAGAAAAGAUUAGAGAGCUUAACAGAAGCAGAGUUGCAAGUAUUGCUUGAGCAGGUCGAAGAAGAGAAGAGUCGUCUGGCUAGUGGUAAAGAGGUCAAAUAGAUACCCUUGGUUUCCAUGCCAAAUGGUCUAAACCAUAAGGAAGUUUGUACAAUAGUCAAGAGUAUGCUUGCCUAACAUAUGAUGAACACAACCAACUUGAUAAAACAAUUCUGGAAUGAAAAAGGUUUCCCUAGGUGGGAGUUCCUGUUUCUGUAUAUUGAUGAUUAGGAUUUUAUAGAAAUACGUAAUAUCGAAACUAUUAUUUCUCUUCUGUG